AUGAGCCUGAGCCCUCGAGCCGGCAACCCUCCACACACACGCUCCAGCUCGGCCAGUUUUUGUUUCUCUAACUGCAACGCCGUGGAACGGCGACUUUCAAAAAUUCUCUUUCAAAACUCGGCAGUCGGUCAAUUACCAUCAACUUUUUUUGGAUUCCGAAGCUCGAGGCCGCACGACCUUGUCCUUCUUCUUCGCUCGUGUUGGCGAUCCCCGAAACGGCGUCUCUUCAUCAUCAACCGAUCCCCUCUAAACGUCGUUGGAUCGAGCGGCAUGGCAAAGAAAGGAAAGGCUUCCGCCGGCAAGGCUGCUGCGAAAGCCGCCAAGAAGGAAAAAGCCGAAAAGCAAGCCACUCGCAAACUCACAAAGCAAGCCGCAAAGCAAAAAUCCCAGAGCAAGGCCACCGCAUCGUCCACAAAUACCAAGCAGAAUGGCAAAAAGGGAGCUGCAGCUGCAGAAUAUGACGAAGAGGAUCUCGAUGCGCUCUUGGCUAGGUACAGGGAGCAGUGGGAGCAAGAGCACGUCGUAGCCGAAGAAAAGGUGGGCGGACCGCCAUCUCGCAGAGCCAAUGCCACCUUCACACCUUGUCCACUCGGCAACGAUCUCUACCUGUUCGGCGGCGAAUACUUCAAUGGCGAGAGAGUCGCCUUCUACCAGGACAUGUACCGCUAUAUACCCGAAAAGAACGAAUGGCGAACCUAUGCAUCCAAGAACCAACCCGGCCCCCGAUCCGCCCAUCAAGUCGCUGCCACACCAGCACAAGGCGGCAUGCUCUGGCUCUUUGGAGGCGAAUUCUCGGGUGCAAGACAGAACGCCUUCCAUCACUAUCGCGACCUCUGGGCAUUCAGCAUCGAAUCAAAGGCAUGGGAGCGCAUCGACACCAAGCUGCGUCCCAGCGCUCGCAGCGGUCACCGCAUGACCUUCUGGAAACACUACCUCGUCCUCUUUGGCGGCUUCAUCGAUACCGGUGUAAAGACACAAUACCUCAACGAUCUUUGGAUCUUCGAUACCCAAAACACCUUCAAGUGGACAGAGAUCAAGCAGAACGAUCUCCGUCGUCCACCUCCACGCUCCGGAUUCUCUCUCCUAUCGUGCCCUGAAGGUGUCGUUCUUCACGGCGGAUACUGCAAAAAGUACGUCAAGGGUCAACGCACCCAGGGUGUAGCGCUGGAGGACACAUGGCUGCUCAAGAUGGACGAGGAUCUCACCAAACUCGAUUGGAUCAAGAGGAGGAAAGUCGGAUACGCACCCAACCCGGCUCGCAGCGGUUGCACCAUGGCUCUUUGGCAGUCCAAGAGCAUGGGCAUCCUCUUUGGCGGUGUCACCGACACCGAGGCAGACGAGGAGACCAUGGAGAGUACUUUCCACAAGGACUUGUACGGAUAUCAGCUGCCAGGCACAGGUCGAUGGAUCAGCUUGAACUUGAAACGUCCCAAGAAGAAAGGAGGCGGAGGGAGAAGGAAGAAGAAGCAGCAACAGCAGCAGCAACAGCAACAACAGCAGCAGCAGCAGCAUCAAAGCAAUGGACAUGACUCGGAUGAAGACGACGAACACGAUUACGGGUCUGACGAUGAAGAUGCCGAUGAGCAAGCAAAGAAUCUUGCCGAGUCGACAGAGAAGCUUCAGGUCCAGCCUUCGCCACCAUCACCACUUCCAGCGCAGGAGGACGAGGAGGAAGACGACCCGGACGAUCCACUCAGAACCAUCCCGCUCGAACGGUACAACGUCAUGCUCGCCGUCCAACGCAACAUCCUCUACGUAUACGGCGGCAUCUUCGAAGCCGGCAAUCGAGAAUACACGCUCGACGACUUCUACACGCUCGACCUAGCCAAGCUCGAACGGUUCAGCUGUCUCAAAGAGUGUCCGAUCGAUGCGCUCGAAUGGGACGAAUCCGAAUCCGAGGACGAUUCCGAGUCCGAAUCCGGCUCCGACUCUGACUCCGAAUCCGAAUCCGAAUCGGAAGGAGAAGAAGGUGACGAGAUCCCGGAAGGGUUCGAGUUCGACGAGAUCGACUCGGACGACGAAGAAGCUCGACGAGCCAAGAUGUCGGCAGCCGAGAAGGAAGCGCUUCGAGCCAAAGCACAGGCCUUCAUGGGCGUCGCAUCCGACAGUGCUCGGACCGAACAGGAGAUCCUCUCUACCCCACAGCCGGGUGAAAAGCUGCGUGCCUUCUACGAACGUACCAAGCAACACUGGGCCUCCACCGCACUCAUCGAAAGCGAGGGCAAACUGCGUGGCAAGGAGAUGCGCAAACGAGGCUUCGCUCUCGCCGAUCAGCAGUACCAGGAGUACAAACCCAUCCUCGAGGAGAUCGAGAGGAUCCGCGCCGAGGCAGGCUUGGAUGCGGCGGAAGCAGCGGUGAACAAGGUCGGUGGCAUCGGCGCGGGUAGCACCGGUGUGGAUUCGAGGAAUCGCAGGUGA